GGGUCCAUUGAUGAGCAGACUGGUACAAAAGCGCUUCAGCCACUGUUAUGUUAUGAGAGAGGUGAAGGGCUGUCACUGCAACAGAGGGAAGGGCGCAACACACUGACAGUGUACCUAUUCGCGACUCCGUUCUCACGGAAUCUUUGCGCACUUGUGAAAGCUGGGACUCUGCUCGAUCGAGAAGCAACUUUAGAAAAGCAGAUAGCCUACAUUUUUUUUUUUUUAGGUUUUCGUUCAUUGUUUCAAUUAUUAGCUGAUUUCUUUUUGCAUGUCUUGGGAUAAUUUAUUUAACCAAAAGCAGUCUAAUAGAUCUUCUAUUUAAAGCGUUUGGAAUUGACAGUAUUCUGACCGUUUUGUUUCAUAAACAACACUGGCUAUAUUAGUUUAAUUCGUCUACUAGUCAGUUCGGUACAUAGCCGAACAUAUCACAACUUUGGCUGCUAUAACUGACUUGUCAUUCAAACCAUAAAAGACGAAAGAACUGUGCGUGCGCAUUCUUUAAAAGUUUUAUUUCCCGUUUUUUAAUUUAUUGAAAUAUCUUUCUCAAGAUGAUGAAUGCGAUGGUAAUUUUUGCGGAGUUCUUUGUGGUAAUCUUGAAAGUACUCUGGGCUUUUGUUACCGCCGGGGCGAAAUGGGUAGUGCGGCCGAAGGAGAAGAGUGUGGCGGGACAGGUGUGUCUUAUCACCGGGGCUGGAAGCGGUCUGGGUCGGCUGUUCGCCAAGGAGUUCGCUCGGAGACGGGCAGUAUUGGUGCUGUGGGACAUCAACAGCCAAAGCAACGAAGAAACGGCGGAGUUGGUACGGGAAAUCUACCGAGAACUGGACAGUGAAACCCCGAUGUCCAAAGAUGGAGCAGUUGGCGGGUUAGAAGAGAUUCCCCCCUUCCAGCCGCAGGUGUACACGUACGUGUGUGACGUGGGCAAGCGGGAGAGUGUGUACUCCACGGCGGAGAAGGUGCGUCGGGAGGUGGGCAACGUGGACAUGUUGAUAAACAACGCCGGUGUGGUCUCUGGUCACCAUCUCCUGGAGUGUCCUGACGAGCUGAUCGAACGCACCAUGCUGGUCAACUGCCACGCACACUUCUGGACCACCAAGGCAUUCCUUCCCAAGAUGUUGGAGCUGAACCACGGUCACAUUGUGACGGUUGCCAGCUCUCUGGGGCUAUUCAGCACAGCUGGCGUGGAGGACUACUGCGCCAGUAAGUUUGGGGCCAUCGGCUUCCACGAGUCGCUGAGCCACGAGAUCAAGGCUUCGGAUAAGGACGGCAUUAAGAUGACGCUGGUGUGUCCCUACCUGGUGGACACGGGCAUGUUCAAAGGCUGCAGGAUAAGGAAAGAGAUUGAGCCCUUCCUGCCUCCCCUGAAGCCAGAGUUCUGCGUAACACAGUCUAUGAGGGCCAUUCUCACCGAUCAGGCUAUGAUCUGCACGCCACGUAUCGUAUAUAUGGUCAACAUCAUGAAAAGCAUCCUGCCCUUCGAGGCCAUCGUGUGUAUGUACAGGUUCCUGGGUGCUGAUAAGUGUAUGUAUCCCUUCCUAGCCCAGAGGAAGGAGCUGAUGAACAACAACGAGGCUAAGGAGGACAUCUAAGGGGUGGGGUGGCGCUGUCGGGACCGGGCGGGGCACAUGACCUGGAGGCACCAGGAUAGACCACUGAGGGUGCAUGGAUGAAGAGAAAUAAGACUGAAUCUAGACUGGUGCACUUGCAUUGAACAGAUACAAAGGUUGACCAUAUCGUUCCUCUGGAACAAUGCCAGCUGUGUACUACACAACGGAUUCGUUUGUUUAAAGAAACCAAUUAUCUAUAUACUGUGUCAAUAGUUUUUUUUUUUUUUAAAUCAUAUGAUAAAAAAAAGGUAUUCAAUAAUUAACUAUUUACAUAAUGUAGUCACCAGCUUUUUAUGUAGCGUCUUGGUGGAAAAUAUACAGUAUGUUACUGUACAGUAAAAUCUUGUCACUUUUAGUUGUUUUAAUUUGUAGACAUGCACUGUAAUACUGACUCUCUCUAUAUGACCAAGUCUCUCUGUCGAAACAACGGUUCAACAUGGCAUUUUCCAGAAAUACACUACCCAGCAACCCACCGAGGCUCAGUCUAACCAAUCACAACGUGAUGCUCCAAAUGGUUAUCCAAUCAUACUGUAGCGAUCUUAGCUUGCCUUUGUUUAUGUAUUUUAAUUCCGCAGAUCUCUUGAAGAUAUUCCGAUGAUUCCAUUUAUUUCAAACUGUUCCUUUUAACGUUGUCCUGAGAUCACAACAUUCCGUUUCUGUAUUCACUUUUUUACUUGUUUUUGGUCACCAUGGAAAAUCCAAAACAGGAAAUCAUUGAAUUGUAGAUCGUGUUAUUUUGUAUUUUUCUUCUAGAUUAUGUUUCUAUUCAGUUUCCCAGCUGUAUACUCUUUUUACCUCCUGCGAGAAUAGUGGUACAAAAUAUUGGAAUCUUAGAUAACAUAUUGGCUGGCUUACCUGAGGCUUAUCCAAUCGGGUGACACAUUUCAGAACAUCCAGAUGUAAUGUAAAUAUAAGGGUUGUGUGAAUUCAACCAAGUCCAUUGGAUGAAUCGUCCUGUCUGAGUUCAACUUAGGGUUGACAAAUUCUGGUAAAAAAAAAAAGAAUUAUACAAAUUUUGCUAAAUUUCCUGGUUUUACAGAAAUCCUGGUUGAAAGAUUCCUGGAAUCACAGGUUUUUAUGUCAUGAAUCUGCCGCAAAGUCAUGAAAUCUAGUCUAUUUUUUAUUUAUUUUUACCUUAGCCACACUGAUAACCCUAAUGCCUAACCUUAAAUUAGAUCAAAAAGCACGCUUUUUUUUGUUUUCAGGAAUUUUUACAAUAUAGCAAAUUUUGACUUUGCAGCUCACCCAUCUAGUUGACGUUUAUUGGGAUGAGUCUUGUCCUGGAGGCAGAACUGAGCAAUUUCCGCUAGAUGGGCCAGCUGCAAAGUCAAAAUUGGUUAUAUUGUAAACAUUCAUAAAAACAAAUGUGCUUUUUGGUCUUAAUUUGAAGUUAGGGUUCAAAUCUGAUUUUGUGGCUAUGCCAGAUAGUGACCACUGUGCAGUUCUGCCUCCAGGGCAAUAUUCAUGGUGAAAAAACGCUAACCUUCCCCCAUCUAACAGAAAUGGCUCAGUUCUGCCUCCAGGGCAAGAUUCAUGGUGAAAAACGCUAACCUUACCCCAUCUAACAGAAAUGGCCCAGUUCUGCCUUCAGGGCAAGAUUCAUGGUGAAAAACGCUAACCUUCCCCCAUCUAACAGAAAUGGCUCAGUUCUGCCUCCAGGGCAAGAUUCAUGGUGAAAAACGCUAACCUUCCCCAAUCUAACAGAAAUGGCUCAGUUCUGCCUUCAGGGCAAGAUUCAUGGUGAAAAACGCUAACCUUACCCCAUCUAACAGAAAUGGCCCAGUUCUGCCUUCAGGGCAAGAUUUAUGGUGAAAAACGCUAACCUUACCCCAUCUAACAGAAAUGGCCCAGUUCUGCCUCCAGGGCAAGAUUCAUGACAAACUUCAACCUGUGGAAAGAUACUGGAAUUUUGCAACCCUAGUUCCUAUCGUUGAACUGAUGAGGUCAAUCAGCCUGAAGGCUCAAUACCCUUCUGAACUCUGAUAUGAGUACUGAUUGAUUGAUUACUACUGUCUUCUAUCACUUUCUCUAUAAGACAUACUUCCAGUCCAACCAAUGACGAGGCCUUUUUAUUUAUGGGGCGGCAGGGUAGCCUAGUGGUUAGAGCUGUUGGACUCGUAACCGAAAGGUUGCAAGUUCCAAUUCCCCGAGUUGACAAAGUACAAAUCUGUCGUUCUGCCCCCUGAACAAGGCAGUUAACCCGCUGUUAUUGAAAAUAAGAAUUUGUUCUUAACUGACUUGCCUAGUAAAAUACAAAUCUACCAGUGAAUGAUUUAUGCGUGGAGGAACUGUGUAGCUAGCUGAUCUAGAAACUCUACUGUUUUCGCAUCUUAGUUCAGACAUCCAGUAGUCUUUCUCUCUCUAUCGUCCUCCACUACGUUCAUUAGUCUCUCUAUCGUCCUCCACUACGUUCAUUGGUCUCUCUAUCGUUCUCCACUACGUUCAUUAGUCUCUCUAUCGUCCUCCACUACAUUCAUUAGUCUCUCUAUCGUCCUCCACUACAUUCAUUAGUCUCUCUAUCGUCCUCCACUACGUUCAUUAGUCUCUCUAUCGUCCUCCACUACGUUCAUUAGUCUCUCUAUCGUCCUCCACUACGUUCAUUAGUCUCUCUAUCGUCCUCCACUACGUUCAUUAGUCUCUCUAUCGUCCUCCACUACAUUCAUUAGUCUCUCUAUCGUCCUCCACUACGUUCAUUAGUCUCUCUAUCGUCCUCCACUACAUUCAUUAGUCUCUCUAUCGUCCUCCACUACAUUCAUUAGUCUCUCUAUCGUCCUCCACUACGUUCAUUAGUCUCUCUAUCGUCCUCCACUACGUUCAUUAGUCUCUCUCUCGUCCUCCACUACGUUCAUUAGUCUCUCUCUCGUCGUCCACUACGUUCAUUAGUCUCUCUAUCGUCCUCCACUACGUUCAUUAGUCUCUCUAUCGUUCUCCACUACGUUCAUUAGUCUCUCUAUCGUCCUCCACUACGUUCAUUAGUCUCUCUAUCGUCCUCCACUACAUUCAUUAGUCUCUCUAUCGUCCUCCACUACAUUCAUUAGUCUCUCUAUCGUCCUCCACUACAUUCAUUAGUCUCUCUAUCGUCCUCCACUACAUUCAUUAGUCUCUCUAUCGUCCUCCACUACAUUCAUUAGUCUCUCUAUCGUCCUCCACUACAUUCAUUAGUCUCUCUAUCGUCCUCCACUACAUUCAUUAGUCUCUCUAUUGUCCUCCACUACGUUCAUUAGUCUCUCUAUCGUCCUCCACUACAUUCAUUAGUCUCUCUAUCGUCCUCCACUACGUCCAUUAGUCUCUCUAUCGUCCUCCACUACAUUCAUUAGUCUCUCUAUCGUCCUCCACUACGUUCAUUAGUCUCUCUAUCGUCCUCCACUACAUUCAUUAGUCUCUCUAUCGUCCUCCACUACGUUCAUUAGUCUCUCUAUCGUCCUCCACUACAUUCAUUAGUCUCUCUAUUGUCCUCCACUACAUUCAUUAGUCUCUCUAUCGUCCUCCACUACAUUCAUUAGUCUCUCUAUCGUCCUCCACUACAUUCAUUAGUCUCUCUAUCGUCCUCCACUACAUUCAUUAGUCUCUCUAUCGUCCUCCACUACAUUCAUUAGUCUCUCUAUCGUCCUCUACUACAUUCAUUAGUCUCUCUAUCGUCCUCCACUACAUUCAUUAGUCUCUCUAUCGUCCUCCACUACAUUCAUUAGUCUCUCUAUCGUUCUCUACUACAUUCAUUAGUCUCUCUAUCGUCCUCUACUACAUUCAUUAGUCUCUCUCUCUCGUCGUCCACUACAUUCAUUAGUCUCUCUCUCGUCGUCCACUACAUCCAUUAGUCUCUCUCUCUCGUCGUCCACUACUUGCGUCCAGUGAAGGUGAAAAUGUAAACGUUGGUUGAGCUGUUAUGAGUACAGUAAUACAUUACCCACAAUUCCCUCCAUGGAAAUGAUUUUUCACUAGGGUUGCACAUUUCCAGUAACUUUCCUAAAAUUCCCAGAUUUUUCUAUAAAUUUUGGUUAAAAGGUACCAGGAAUCAAGAUAUGGGGGGGGAAGCAGGAUAUCCUCCAACCAGGAUUUCUGGGAAUUUGGGAAAAUGUACUGUAAUUUUGCAACCCUAGUCUCCACUGUAUUUGCUAUUUGUUUAUAUAUUUGAUCUACUUUAGGGAAGAACACAACUGCAGAGUUAUGUAUUGUAUUACAACUACAUUCCAAUAGGCCUCAUUCCUCCAGCUACGGUGAUGAGCCUAAAUUCUCUACCUCUUCGUUUGCCAUUCGUUUGACAGUAUGACAUAUUCCUCUUCUUUCUGAAAGACUGCUCUUUAGUCGAGCAGAUGUGGUUCCUAUGUUUAGUGUCUGUACCUAACUUAAAUUAAUAAAGUGAUUUCAGAUUA